AUGAAGACACUUUUGUUAUUAAUUAAAUUGAUGAUCUGUAAAAGAAGGAAAUGUCUUUUUGAUUAGCAUUAUUUUCUUUACUUAACCGAAUCUUAAAUACAAAUAGGGAAAGUAUGAGAAAUGCAUAUUAUCUUUAGGAUUAGAAUAACAUUAAAUAUGACAUUACAAUAGGACUAUCCACAAUUUUGGAAUGGAAAUUAGAUUAACAUAAAGAAUUCAAAGGAUUUACAAUUGACAUUGCUAAGAAAGAGAAAUAUUUUCUUAUUUCCCACUUUGAUUGUCUAUAAUUGAAAGAUAAGCUUGAUGGAAAGGUAAUAUAUAAGAAUAUUAAUACGUUUUACCAACCUCAAACAAUUAUUGGUGAGGGUAACUUUGGAAAGGUAAAGUGCAAAGACCUUAUUAUUAGGUUUUGUUAAUUAAAAAUAUCUAGGAUGGUAAAAUGUAUGCAACAAAAACUCUAAGAAACGAUUUGAUGACUUCUUUGGAUGUAUUGAAUAUUUUGUAAUGAAUUAAGGACAUUCAAGAUGAAAUUGUGGCAUUGUAAUCGUUAAAACAUAGAAACAUCGUUAAAUUAAAUAGUAUAUUUCUACAUAAGAAGUAUUGGUUAUUAAUAAUGGAGUAUUGUGAAGGUGGCUAAUUAAAAGAAUAUUUGGAAAAUCAAUAAUUGGAUAAUUCUGAAAUUAUAGCAGUAAUGUGUGUACAAACUAUUAUAAUAAUUUAGUAACUACUAUCAGGCUUAGCUUACAUACAUAGUUAAGGAUUCGUACAUCGAGAUAUUAAACCUGAAAACAUUUUAUUAAGAAAGAAAAACUCUUUACUAGAUAUUGUGAUUUCUGACUUUGGAUUUGCAGUUAAGAUUGAUGAUGUAUCUACGAAUAGACCUAGAUGUGGUACUCCUGGUUACAUUGCUCCGGAAAUCAUCACAUUUAAUCAAAAAAACAAUUAUAAUGAAUUGUGUGAUAUGUUCAGUUGUGGAGUUGUAUUAUUUAAAUUGUAAGUAAAAUAUCUCAUCUUUAGAAUAACUGGAAAGAAUUUAUUACAAGAAAAUAGCAACCAAAUUAUUGAUUAAUAAUUUAUAGGAGAUUUGAGUGAAAUUGUUAAGUCAGAAAUAUAAGGAGACUUUGUUAAUAUACUAUUACAAAUGUUAGAAUCAGAUCCUAGCAAAAGAAUAAAUGCAUAAUAAGCGUUGAAGCAUUUUGAAGAUUUUGACGAUAUGAAGAUCUAUCAGGAAACACCAAUUUAAUAGUUAAAACAUUUACAAACCCAUAUUUUAUUUCUUAAUUGA